AUGAACAACUCUUUGGUUGUUUCCUCGCUGGCCAUCUUCUUGUUUGCCUGCUGGAUGGCAAAUAUUAGUGUGGUGCAAGCGGCCAUGGCACCAUCUGCUCCAUCAAUAACAGUCGUUAGCACUUCUCCUCAAACUUAUGAGAUUAAGUAUACGGAUGAUGUGAUUAUUGAGGUUGCUGUUGGAAAUGAUUUGAUGAUUAACUGGACCAUCAAUGGGACUGCUAUUGAAUACUACAAUACCACUCUUAUUUUCCCUGUGUCUCAUUUACAGGAAGAGGUUCCUUAUCUUAUUACCUUAACUGUAACUGAUCUUAACACUCAGAUGUCUUCAACCUACGAUCAUCCUUUCAUAAUCCUAAAAUCACCAAGAUUUUGCACCUUUAACGUUACUCCCAUCUCGGGCGUCGCUUUUGAAACCGAGUUCUCUCAUGUUCUUGAGAACUGCAAGGCCGAUCAUUUAAGGUACUCAUACUUUAUUGAAACGAAAGAAGGCGUUAGAGAUGUUCAUCAUGAAAAUGUGAGCAGCCAGAUUGUUCGCACUACACUGCCUUUUGCUAAUCAAAGUUCAGUGACAGUAGGAGUUGAGGUUAUUGAUUCCUUAACUGAGACCUCUACUAUUUAUACCUAUCCAGUAGAGGUUGUAGUGCCAGCAUUGGCAUCUUUUAAUGACUGCAAAUUCAUGGUAAGGCAUCUUGGAUUCAAGAGAUCCGCAAGAUCUCUGCCAGCAUUUAAAUAUUCGCACAUCUACACACCUCAAAACAUUCAGUUGACCGCCAAUGAGUGUGCAAGACGAGUGAAAGAGCAGUCAGUAAGUGUAUAA